UUCCCCCCCCCCGCUGCCGUGUUAGUGCUGCCGCGUUGCCCAGCUGUUGCUUAUCCCUUCUUAGUACUGUCCUUUUUGGCAGAAGAAGGCUCUGCUUCCUUCCGGAAGGAGGGAGCCCAGUGGGUUCCUUCCCCGGAGACUGGAACUGUGGCAAGGUUGAAAUUCAGCUGAACAGUCCAGUUUUUGGCAUCGCAGAAGUAGUUUGUUUUUUUUCUGCAAAAUCUGCAGGGUUGGGUAGCGGGUGGGGGCAGUUAUGACAAUUGGUACUGUUAGAGCAGUGACUCAGAACCAAGUGAGAUUUGUCAAGCCUUUUGCAAGCUAGCAGCAUGCCACCUUUUAAGGUCCACCGAACACAAGAAAGGUUUAACCUCAGCUGGCGCCGAGCAGCUGAAAUCGUGUCACUUCUCAGUCACGUGUGUGUGCCCUACAAAAACACCUUACCCAAAUGAUGUUGUUUUAGAAGGUGUGUGAGAGAAGGAGUAGGACGUAAACACCAAGAGCCAUUCUGGAGGACUGGGAAUCUAGCCUUGAAAAUGAGUACAUUGGUAACAGGAUCCUCAGUCUUACACUCUGCGUUAAAAGCACUCAUAAUGCUCCCAGGUUUGACUGACUGCUUGGAAACAAAAGGGAUCACAGGAAUUGUUCUGUUCUGCUUCAAAGCAAGGACUAUGCAGGGAAAGGUCUUGUAAGUCACACGAGAAACCUUUCCAAAGCCUGGGGAUGGAGCCAUACUAUAAUAAAUUCUGUUACUGUACCCAGGGCGCUCUCAUGUGCAUAAAUGUUUACAUAAAUGUUGUAUAUAAACAUUUAACUAGAUAAUAGUUACAUUGCUUUUUACAUUUUCGUAAGUAAAACAUAACUGAGAACUAAUCCUAGAAUGCCAUACUUUGUAUAAGUAGGAAGACUUACAAAGAAAAGUUUCUCUUAACUAUCUACUGUCACUUCAUCCAUCUAUUCAGCAUUUCAUACGUUGCAAUAAAAGGUAUCCAAUAUUUAAAACUCCAGAUUUGUACAGGAACCCCAGCAUGUAUUCUAUUGCUACCAUACUUUUAAGCAGAGAAUCUCGCAGUUCAGAGUUUGCUUUGACCUGUGUUAUUUUACCACUAAAAUACCGAUAAAAUAAUGCUUAUCUUAAAAUCAGUGUUUAUUUUCAAGGAAUAGUAUUUCCUCAUGUCAAAAGUUAGGCUACUUUUUUGCUGUUAGUACCUGAACAUAAGGAAGGUAAAGAUAAGCUUGAAAACUUUUUAUUAUUUUUUUCUCUCUCUCUUUUACUUAAGGAUUUAAUAGUAAAGAUAGUAAAAACUAAUAACAAAGGCAAAAAAAGAGUGCAAUACCGAGUAUUUGUCUGUAAGACAUUCUGUAAGCCAUUAUAAUCUGAUGGUGUUUUCAUUCAGGAUUUUUUUGGGUCCUUUUGCUAAAGUGAGAGCAGUCAAAGAGGAAAUCAUAAAAUCUGGUAAUGUUAACUUUAAAAAAGAAAAAGUCUGCUUCUAGUUGCCCCAGGUUUCGAUCUAGCAAAUUAAAUAUUCCAUACACAAAUUUAGGUCUGGGUCAUAUACAUCUGUCAUAUCUUGGGUUAUAAGCACAGUAUUUUCUGUAGGAGUCUUACCCAUUCUUUGCCUAGAUAGACCAUAGCUGCACAGGGAAACAAAGUCAUUUGCCUAUUCACUGAAGUCUUGUUUACCCUAAGCUGUCUCCCAUAUUUGACCCAGGAUUGCAAAGAUACGGCCUCCAGAUAAAAAAGUAAUUUGUGGAAUGUCAUUUGCUGACUAUAUGAGGUAUUUGAAGAUUAUCUUUACAUUCUAAUACUUCAGUCUGACUUGUUCAUGGAAUUUUAGCUGAGAAAAGUGAAAGGCCAGUAACAGUCAUGCCUGAAGUACAAUCUGACUAGGGAGAAGAAUGAAAGGUUUCUGGGCAGAGGUCAUAUGUAGACAACGCAUAAUACUGGAUCUGAAAAUGCUUGUGAAAAGACUUCAUUUAUGUUUCUGCGACAAGAGUUGCCUGUGAGAUUGGCAAACAUAAUGAAGGAAAUAAGCCUGCUUCCAGACAACCUCCUAAGAACACCUUCAGUUCAGCUGGUGCAGAGCUGGUAUGUCCAAAGUCUUCAGGAGAUCCUUGACUUUAAGGACAAAAGCUCAGAAGAUUCAGGGGCUAUUCAUAGUUUUACAGAUACUGUGAUAAAAAUCCGGAAUCGACACAAUGAUGUAAUUCCUACGAUGGCUCAAGGAGUAAUAGAGUACAAGGAAAGCUUUGGCAUUGAUCCAGUGACCUCACAGAAUGUGCAGUAUUUUUUAGACCGUUUCUACAUGAGUCGCAUUUCAAUUAGAAUGCUCCUUAAUCAACACUCUUUACUGUUCGGUGGGAAAAUUAAUCCAGCUCAUCCAAAACACAUUGGAAGCAUUGAUCCUAGCUGCAAUGUUGUUGAAGUUAUUAGAGAUGGCUAUGAAAGUGCCAAGAGACUUUGUGAUUUAUAUUACAUGAGCUCUCCAGAACUCAUCCUUGAAGAGUUGAAUGCUAAAUCACCAGGACAGCCCAUGCAAGUGGUGUAUGUGCCAUCACAUCUCUAUCACAUGGUUUUUGAACUUUUCAAGAAUGCAAUGAGAGCCACCAUGGAAGAUAAUGCUGAUCGAUGCAUUUAUCCUCCAAUUCAUGUACACAUCACGCUGGGAAAUGAGGAUUUAACUGUGAAGAUGAGUGAUCGUGGUGGAGGUGUUCCUAUGAGGAAGAUUGACAGACUAUUCAACUACAUGUAUUCAACAGCGCCACGUCCACGUGUUGAGACAUCACGAGCUACACCUUUGGCUGGCUUUGGUUAUGGCUUACCCAUAUCACGUCUGUAUGCACAGUACUUCCAAGGAGACCUGAAACUGUAUUCCUUAGAAGGCUAUGGUACAGAUGCAGUUAUUUACAUAAAGGCCUUAUCAACAGAUUCAAUUGAAAGACUCCCUGUAUAUAACAAAGCAGCCUGGAAACAUUAUAAAGCAAACCAUGAAGCAGAUGAUUGGUGCGUGCCAAGCAGUGAGCCAAAGGACAUGACCACUUUUCGCAGUAUAUAGCUUUUUCCUCAACAGUUCAUAUGAAGUAGGUAUGUCUGUAAAGGGAAUUUAAAAGACCUGAUUUACACCAAGAUGCUGAGCUACAUUUGGUAUGUGAAAGUAAUUUUAAGUGGAGUAACAGCAGGUUUAAUGUAAUUACUCUUUUCUGGAAUUAAAAAGAAAAACAACCAAGAAAAACCCCAAACCUCUACAUCUAAUUUUAAGUGAGGAGGUCACAAUUAAUUUGUUCCACUUUCUAUUUAUGACUACUUUCAGUAGCUAAGUCAAAGGAGCAGUAAUUUCAGGUUUUACAGGGACCAAUGCAAUCUAUAUCAUAUCUGGUGAGAAAUGUAUUAAUUCAUAUAAUUACAAAAUUAUUUUACUGUUGAAAAAGCUCACCAGAGCAUUUUCCAUUAUACAAUAUUACAGAUUAAUGGAAAACUCAUGUAAGAAAUAUUGAGGAGGUCACUGCUAUACCUUUGCACCUGUAUGGCACUUUCUAUUCUUUUGUCUUAAGCAUGCUGAAGCUUAAUUUCGCAAAGUUAGAUAUGUUGCCUACACACCUUGCCUACAUCAAGGUUCUUUGCAGCUGUAGAAAUCACACUUAGGUCUGUAGGGAUGAAAAAAAAAAAAAAGAGUUCUAGCUGCUACCACUGGUAUAAUGUAUCUCAGGUAUGUGGUAUCAGUCAUAUUUCUUUGGUUGUAAUGUGAAUAUUUAAUACAUGUGAAAAACUUCUCUUGCCAUGAUCAUUGUGACUUAGCAAAUAGUGUUGGCCUGUGUACAGUAAAGAUAAUGCUGUCUUGCAUUUGCUUAUAUUUUUGUAGGUAAUACCAAAAUGCAGUAUCAAUGUUCUAACCCUAGUAAGAUCUCAGAUUUGGGUGUGUCAGGUUACAGCUAUAAAUGGAAACUAUUUUAAUAAACAGAUUUUUUAAAUUUGCCCUUAAUAGGGCAUCUCUAUUACUUUGACAAUAGAAACUACCUUCUCAGGAGUAUUUAAGAAAAAGAAGAAUUAACAGUUUUUGAAAAUACCUUUGUAUUUGUGAUGUGCUUCUGGCGUUGUUUAUGUAGUAACUGGAAGUCACACUAUAACAUAAAUAAGGUAAGCAGAAUGUCUUUAUCAAAGGCAAACUGUCAAAACAUACUGGGGAAGAUAAGAGAGGGGAAUGAGUAUUACAUUUCAGGUACAAAGUCCUUCUUUUAAUAAAGGAUUCAACUGCUUUUAAUGCCUAUUAUGCCAGCUUUGUUCAAAUCAUACACAUCUAUGUUGCACCUCGAUCCCCGUCAUUCCUGAACAUUUUAGGAGUGAUGCAGUUAAAGACACUGAGAACUAAUCCUUUUCCCAGUUAAUUCAUUGCAUGUAAUUCUGUGAUUUUUGUUCUGCAGCAGACAUGCAUAAUCCCUCUCAGAAAGAAUAAGCCUAAAUUUUGCUAGUUUACUAGCUCUGCAUAGAGCAGAAGGUGAGAUAUCACAAGUGAAGGGAAUAGCUGGUAUGUUAGAAAUUGAAGUCAUGCUAUUCUAGUUGUAGCUGAGCCAGAUUAAAGAUUAUCACCUGCUACCUCCCUAGCCUAGUUGUGCAAAACAAUAAAAUGGUUUAUACCCUGGUCAAGCUAACGUAGGUCACUUUAACAGGAGUGAUUUACAGAAUGGGCUAUAUAUGAAGUUAAACUGACGCUCUGAGGGAGGAUUAUUCUAGCUUAAUUGCCACCAGAACAGUACAGUUACCUGCUCCACUCAAGCUUGUGAGCACUUUGAGAGGUCCCUAUUUGUCUUCUUUACAAGGAUGUGAGGUGGUGACUGGCAUACCCUUCAAUCUGCAUGGCUACAAGCGAGGAGAAUCUAUAGCUGUUCUCUUCUUCAGCCCUGCAAGAGGAUGUAUAUGAGAAAUUCCACAUAUUGUGAAAUGGGGCCUGUACAAAAGUUAGAGGGAAUGCUUGCAGCUAUUGCUUUUGCUAAACUAAAGCUGAAAGUUACAGCAAGGGAUUUUAAAAACUCACCUCUGAAGCUGAACAUUGUAGCUUUUACGCUGAGUUUUAAAUCUUCUUUUAACUAACUUAAUUGAACUGAUUUUAGUAAUAUCUGAGAACUACAAGAAAAGCUAACACAGUUUGUUUUCUACAGUCUAUUAUAGUAUUUCAUAUAGUAUUACUGAAAUAAAACCUCUUUCAUGCCCUCAGCUAGCUAUCAAUUGAAUUCUGAUUAUUAGAACAACUUGGCGUGUAAUUAUAUUGGUAUCCAUCUCCUCACCUGCCACCCUGAAUGAUGGUGGUGAAAACACAAAUGUAGUAGUAUUUUGGUUUACAAUGUUUAACCAUGCUUACAAGUUUAAUCUUACUUUGGAUUUAAAUAGAAGUUCAGAAGAUAAUUUUUGUGUUUAAUAUUUUCAUUACUGUACUGAAGUCAUUGCUAGCACACUGGUUAAGUUGAAGUGAAUCACUGUAAAAAAUUAGUAUACUAUCUCAGCUAUCAAAAUACUGAGAUUAAUAGUUUUGUAUGCAAAUGAGCUCAGUCUUGCACUGUAAAAUUAAACUUGGUUUGUGUUAACUUGAUUUUUUUGAAAGAAUCACUACAUUUCUUCAUUAAAACUAUUUUAAAAAUUAAA